GCACAUCCGGUACAGGAACCAAUCAAAAUUUGGAAGAUUUUUUUCAGGAAGACAAAGUAUAAAUUAUCAGCAUGGCACUGAGUCUUGAUGACAAGUUGCUUGGUGAGAAGACUCACUAUUAUUGCAGCAGCAGUGAAGAUGAAGGGGAUGAUGAUGAUGAGAACCAGGAAGGCAAGGAAGCUGUCAGAGGAGGAGGUGGACCAACUUUUGUACCUGAAUCUCAGAUUAAUCCAACACGGGCAGCUUCUUAUUCAGGCACAGCAGUUCAGACUGGGCCUAAGGGUGUGAUCAAUGACUGGAGAAGAUACAAACAGCUUGAGAAUGAGGCACGGACAAAUCAGGAACUGGAGAAAGCUGACCUACUUAAGAGGCUAUCAGUUACCUGUAGAUCUCAUCUUGAUGAUGAAAAGGAAAAGGCAAAAGAUGCUGACUUUAUGCAACAGAUGGAAGAUUUAGAAGAAUUUGAGGAUGAAUUCCUCAAAGAAUACAGGAGAAAAAGGAUAGAGGAAAUGAGAGCUACUUUUACAAAUGUUCCAUUGUUUGGUAAAGUCCUGUCAUUAGAUGCCAACAGUUAUGUUGAAGCCAUUGACAAAGAGCAUCCACUAGUCACAAUAAUAGUCCAUAUAUAUGAAGAUAUUCCAGCCUGUGAAGCAAUGAAUGGGUGUCUACUGUGUCUGGCCCAGGAGUAUCCCAAAGUCAAGUUUUGUAAACUCAGGGCAUCAGAUGCAAAACUGAGCAGCAAUUUUUCUGUCAAAGGUGUGCCGGCCCUGCUGAUCUAUAAGAAUAAGGACAUUGUUGGAAGUUUUAUAGGGAUGGGACAGGACUUAGGAGAUGAUUUCUUUGCGACAGAUGUUGAAGCAUUUUUACAAGAACAUGGAUUUCUGCCACAACCUGGAUCAAAAACCCAUGCAUUAAGCGCUAGUGCUCUAGCUGCACAGGAGGACAGUGGGAGUGACUUUGACGUGGACUAGAAGUACCUCCUUUGUAUAAGAUAGUUAAGACUAACAACCGAAGCUUGUUGCAAUCUCAUUCUUUGUUACACAUUUGCUAUGAGAUUGGAAGAAUUGUGGUCCAUAUUUUGAUACUUUUAUAAUGCAGAAUGUACCGAAGCAAGCAAAGGAAAGAAAUUGUUUCAAGUCUGAACUACCCUAGUUUGAAACUUCAUCUCCCUUUGUUAGGAAUUUUUUGGAAUAUUUGAGGAAAUCAGUUUCUACUUUAAAGUUCCAUUUCAAAUUUAUUGUGACACAAGUAUAGACCAAGGUACAGAAAAUAAAACAAAACAUUAUUCAUCUACAUGUAGAAGGGUCAGUGCUAAGGUA